AGUUUCUGAAGGUUUUAUAUUAUAAUUAUCACUUCUAAAUGGUUGAAUAUAUUGUUAACCACACGAGUAAAAGGUGAAAACUGUCACACAUAGGAAAACGGCCAGAGGUAUUUGUUAGAUAUAAACACUGAUUUGAUUGGAUUGAAAAAGAUGCCACUAACAGAUGUAAUUAGUAACCUUGGUGAUAAUCCAUAUUUUGGUGCUGGAUUUGGAUUAUUUGGCAUAGGAUUUGCAGUAGCAGCUUUAAAGAAAGGAAGUCAAGUAGGAAUGAUGCUAUUUCAUAGACACUGUAUGAUAACAUUAGAAGUACCUAGUAAAGAUAAAAGUUACCAUUGGUUACUUAACUGGAUUUCUACUCAUGGAACAAGGACCCAACAUCUUAGUGUGGAGACUACAUUUAGACAAUCAAGUACAGGCAAAAUAAACACAAAGUUUGACUUUAUUCCAAGUCCUGGCAACCAUUUCUUUCGUUACAGAAACACUUGGAUUAAAGUGGAAAGAAAUCGUGAAAAUAAAAUGAUUGACAUAAAUACAGGUGCACCCUUUGAAACUGUGACAUUAACAUCCUUUGGUAAAAAUAGGGAUUUAUUUUUUGAAAUCUUAGAUCAUGCUCGAGUUAUAGCUCUUCAGAAAGAAGAGGGUAAAACAGUAAUGUACACAGCUAUAGGUCCAGAAUGGAGACAGUUUGGCUAUCCAAGGCAGAAAAGACCUAUUAGAUCUGUGAUUUUAGACAAAAAUAAAUCAGAGAAUUUAUUAAAAGAUGUGAAAGAGUUUAUAAACAAUCCUAAAUGGUAUAUGGAGAGAGGUAUACCAUAUAGAAGAGGAUAUUUAUUACAUGGUCCUCCAGGAUGUGGUAAAAGUAGUUACAUUAUGGCUUUAGCUGGGGCUUUAGAUUACAGUAUAUGUGUAUUAAAUUUAAGUGAAAGAGGACUCUCAGAUGAUAGAUUAAACUAUUUAUUAACUGUAGCACCAGAACAAAGUAUUAUUUUAUUAGAAGAUAUUGAUGCUGCCUUUGUCAGUCGAGAUCUAGCUCAAGAAAAUCCCACAGCAUAUCAAGGUAUGGGAAGAUUAACAUUUAGUGGUUUAUUAAAUGCUCUUGAUGGUGUGGCCUCAGCUGAAGCAAGAAUAGUUUUUAUGACUACUAAUUAUUUAGAAAGAUUAGAUGCAGCCUUAAUAAGACCAGGACGUGUUGAUGUAAAAGAAUUGAUAGAUUAUGCAACAGAAUAUCAAUUACAAGAAAUGUUUCGUAGAUUUUAUCCUAAUCAAGUAGAAUCCGAUGCUGAAAUAUUCUCCAAACAAGUGAUGAGUCAUGGAAAAAAUGUUAGUAUAGCACAAGUACAGGGAUUCUUUAUGAGAUACAAGUCAGAUCCAUCCACAGUUAUUAAACAUACAGAGAAACUA